AUGGGUAGUAACUACUAUGAAUCAAAACCAUAUCAUAUCGAAUUACCUGAAGGAUAUUACUUAUUUGAAUUAUGGGGAUGCUCAUCUGCAUUCUAUCCUCAAGAUCCAGUAACUUAUCCUUCAACUAAUGGAGCGUAUGCUCAAGGUCAUAUAUUACUGCAUUCAAAUUUUGAAUUUUAUCUUCAUGUUUGUCAUAAAGGAGAAUUUCAAAUGCUUAAUUAUUCGUAUGGUGGUGGAGGUCCAGGACAACUUGGUGGAGGAGGUGCCACUGAUAUCAGACUUCUUCCAGGUAAUUACGAUAACUAUACAUCAUUAAAAAGUCGCAUUAUCGUUGCCGCUGGUGCAGGUGCUUCAGACACCAGUGAUGUCGGAGGUCCAGGUGGAACAAUUGAAGGAUUCAAUAGUAAAAGAGAUUAUGGUAAAGGUGGAACUCAAACAUCUGGAGGUCAAGGAAAUAUAGAUGGAUCUUUUGGAAAAGGAGGAGGAAAUCCAAAUAGAAUUGAUGUAUUAGGAAAUGGAUCUGGAGGUUCAUGA